AUGUUCUGGCAUAAUUCUGCGCCUGCAAGUUCAAGUACAGCUCACCAGGCCAGUCGGUCAGUUCCGUUCCAGCUUGAUGGGAUCAAAUCCUCUGGCUUUUCUGCAGGCUGUGUCGCAUCCAUCACUACUCCAGAAGAUUUUGUUGAAAGUGACAUCCUACCAUUGACAACUCAGGAACAUACUCCAGCAAGCAACACAACCCAAUUGCCAGGUGAGUCUGAUAUUGCUUCACACACUCCUAAGCAUACUCCGAGUAAAGAACACCAAACACAGUAUCAACCAUCCACACAUUCACCCAAGACUGGCGCGUCAGCUCCAAGCUCAUCUACUGCUGACCCUCCGGUCCUGGUGGCACUCAAUCUAAAAAAGAGUAGGGCGCCCUCAUCGAGUUCGGAUCUUCCUCAGGGUCUAUCGCUCCGCAAGACAUCGCAGGGUAAAGUGGAAGGUGUAGUUACCGUGGAGAGUAUUGAGGAAGGGGUGGAGUUUGGACCUUAUAGAGGAACGUUGCUGGAAGAGGAUGUUGGUGGGAUGAAAGAUACAACUUGGGAGGUCUUUCUUUCAGGUAAAGUGUGUUUCUAUGUUGAUGGAAGCAAGACUUGGAUGUCUCUUGUAAGAUGUGCACUUGACAAGGAGGAACAGAACCUGGAAGCUUAUCAAAUCUAUGGGGAAAUCUUCUAUAGAAGUACAAAGGUCAUUGAACCUGGUGGCGAACUUAAAGUAUUCUACAGUGAGGACUACAUGAAUCAUGUAGGAUUUCCCAGGAGAUUGAGUGAGCUUCAUUUUGAUAAAGAUACUCAGAAGUUUCAUUGCAGCCAGUGUGAACAUCUAUUUGCAUCCCCUAAAGUGAUCCUGAGACAUAUCAAAUGUGAACACACCCAUAGCAAACCUGGAAGUCAAUCUAAUGAAAUGAUUCCUGUGCUCUCAUGGAGAAAGAAAAGGAAAACAAAUAAUUCUACAAAGACAGAGAUUACCACCAAACUGCAUUCCACUACCAAGAGUGAAAGCAACCACAAUGAGCAAGUGUUUACGUGUGAAACAUGUGGGAAGGUUUUUCCUACCCAAGGUAGACUUAUGGCCCAUAAAUUGUUUCAUGAGUACAACCAAGAACAUGCAUGCCCUGUUUGUGGCAAAGGACAGGGAAAUACACAGGCCUUGGCAAGACAUUUGACGACUCAUGAGCCCAAAUUAUACAAAUGUAAGAAAUGCGCCCGACAGUUCAAAGCAGAAACUUCACUCGAUAAGCAUAUGAGAGAGGUCCAUGGUUUUAGAUGUCAGUUUUGCUUUGAGUUGUUCACGAGAAAGAGUAAAUGUUUGCAACACGAGCAGACACACCAAGCUUUCAGAUCAGGGCAACCUGAAUCAAAUGGGACAUCACCAGAUGAGACAGAACCAGCACAAGCAACAACCCAAGAAGCAAAGGACAUGCUCGGUAAAACAACCACCUAUUACCAGAAGAAACGCCCAUACAAGUGCCGCUUCUGUCCGAAGAGAUAUACCUCCUGUUUCAGCGCCAGGGACCAUGAAAAGGAGAACCACACUAAUGAAGGAUCGUACAAGUGUGUACAUUGUCCUAAGGUUUUUACCAGCGAGCAUCGACUGAAGAACCACCUGAUUAGCCAUGAGCAAAAGGGAUUCUAUCAAUGCACGCUAUGUCCAAGAAGCUUUGGCUCAGAGAAAGCUCUUAACAACCACCAAGGUGAACACACAGGACUAAAGCCGUUCAAGUGUGAGAUCUGCGGCCGUGGAUUCCGAGUGAAAAGUCACUUCCAUGCGCACAAGCGACGCAUGCAUCAGGAACGGCCUCUACGAUUCUUCUGCUCGGUCUGCAACAAAGGGUUUGCCGAUAAAGGGAACCUCGUCAAACAUGAACGAAGGCACAAGGGCAUUAGGCCAUUUGUGUGCCUGGAAUGCGGGAAAGGUUUCACGGCAAGGACUUCACUAGACACACACGUGCAAAUAAUUCAUACCAAAGAGAAGAGGUUCUGUUGUGAAGUUUGUGGCAAGAAAUUCUCUCUCAAUAAUCACUAUACCCAUCACAUGAUCAAGCAUAAAAUGCAGGGGGAUGCAGAUGCGUAACAUUGAUUAAUAUUUCUGAAAGGCAUUGUCCUGCUUAUAAAACGGGUAUUUUUUGCAAGCUCUCCUGAUUCCAAAAUGAGUGAACAAUAUCUUCCAUAUUUUGAUUUCCAUAGACUUCUGUAGUAAACUUAGAGGAUGACAUUGCAAUAUUCUUUUGAGUUCAAAAGUAGUGCAUAAUGUAACAAUAUUUUUUCAGCAUUGUUGAGUUUUUAAAAAUGAUUCUUGGAGGUGUUUGACACCUUAGUGACUUUGAUUCAUACUUCAGUUCUAAGUUUUGUAUGGUAUUAAUUAUCAGGCUUCGAAAAUAGGCUUUCUUGUGCCUCUGACUGGCCUCAUCCUGAUGUCAUGUUGCGUUAGGAGCAUUGUGAUUCCAUAGUUUUGUACACAGAAAACCAGAGAGAUUUUCCUGCUUUUAAGAUUACACAUUUUAUUUUCUUUACUUCUAUCAGACAGAGCUAUCAUAAGUAUCUUUACCUGGAAGCUUGAAUGGAUGAAAUCUACUGCUUUGGACAAGAAACUUUUCGCCAUAUUUUAUUUCCUGUUUAAUUAUUUGGCACAGCUUUAAAAUUCAAUCUGCAUUCAGAUUAUGUGAACAACUUUUCCUGACAUAGCAAUUGGGGUCAAAUAAGUGCCAAACAAAUAAAUUAUCACAAAAAACCUGGUGAGGAAUUGUAGGAUUCCAUCCAUUUGACCAUUCAGUAAAUUGCCAGUGAUGUUUUCUGCAAAUUAAAAAAAAAUCAGUUCAGUUCAGUUUGGUUUACUUUCAUCUCACAAAAAUAUAAUACAAUAUUGAUCUUCCAACACGAAAGAACAGAACAUUAAUGAUAAAUAGUACAUGCAAUAAUUCCAUAUUAUAAAACAAUUGUAAUAUUUGAAAAAAAUCCAGAUUGGAGACAGUUCUAUAUCAAGAUUAGAUACUAUGAAAGAGCAGAGCUUGUCAUUUAAAGUUUCCCUAUGAAUGAUAAAUAUUGUCAAUUUCUUUUAAUAUUAAUGCUAUACAGUAUCGAAAUUGAAUUCAUAAUCUGAAAAGCAGAAAAAAUCACUCAGUUUUUCUGUGUGCAAACAUGGAAUCACAACACUUCUAUCACAACAUUACGUCACGGUUAUGAGGAGGAUGAAAAGUGCAAGAAAGCCAUUUGUCAAACCCUGAAUUCAGGGUUUUUUUUUAAUUCAUUCAAGCAAAAUACUUGACUGUCAAGUGGUGAAUAUGCAUAAGAAUUACAUUGUUGUACUAUUUAGC